AUGAGGACGCUCCAAGGGAAAGUAGUCUGCGCCACCAACGACAAAACGGUUGCCAUGGAAGUGACGCGCAUGGCCCCACACCCCAAGUACAAGCGGCGCGUGAGGAAGAAGAAGAAGUACCAGACACACGACCCCUUGAACCAGUUCCAAGUCGGCGACGUCGUCCAGCUCGAAAAGGGCUGCCCCAUCAGCAAGAACAAGACCUUCUGGGCUGUCCCCAUCCCCGCCUGCCCCUCCUCGCCGCCGCAGGGCCUCGGGAUUCCAUUGGAGUCGGAGCUCAGCCAAGUUUGA